AUGGAGGUCGUGUGGGAGGAUCCACCUGUUCCAGAAGAUCUGACUUUCAACAAGGAUCUCUAUGAUAAAACUGGGUUUGGCCUCAGCAUCCUGGAUCUGUGGAAGUUCAUUAACAGCAGCCCGGAGAAUCCUAGUCCCACCAAAGAACAGGGCUAUGUUGUGGAAAAGCACGAGCCAAAUGACAGCUUCAUGGAGGACAGCGCCUGGACCAGUGGUGAUUCUGAGCAGUCCGAUGGGGAGAGCGAGGGCCCUAAAGUCACCACCACAACAUCCAAAAAGAAAAAUACAUUUCCAGAGCCCCGAGUCCCGUACCCUUGUUCGUCCGCACUGUCCGCAACAGAGCAGAGGAAGUGCCUCAAGUUUCUAAACUCUGACACGCCGGAGAGAUACCUUCCUGAGGCCUUAUUUAAUAAAGUGAAUAAUGAAAUACGUCAGUUUAUGAUGUAUUUGCAAGACGUGUCGAGGAUGUGUGCUGAAGACUACAAAGUCCUCCCCCCGGCAGCGGCGCAGUAUUCUGAGGAGGUUUUCCGCAGCAGCCUGGAGCACAUGAAGGACCUGCCUCAGCUCUACCACAUCCUGGAGCUGACCAGUCUGACCGGCGGCAGGUUCAACCCCUCGCUCGCUCUCACGUUCGAGAAGCGGCUGCUCCACAUGGGCACGGUGGAUGUUGCACACUCCAAGCCAGUGAGUAUCGGGGCUGUGCUUGCGUCGGAUUAUCAGACUGUUUCAUCACACUCUCCUCCGGCUCAAAAGGCAAAGGAGCUGCACGCUUCUGUUAGCAGUGACAGUAAUUCAUUGUCGCUGUGCAGCCGCUAUGAGCCUCACGUGUGUUUGACUCGAGACGCUUUGGUUCAGCUCCUCAACAACCACGGCCCCGACUUCAGAGAAGAGUGGGAGAUCCCUGUCCUCAUCAGAGCCAACCCUUCUCACGACAAAAGUACAAAGAAAACGGUCUUCCUGGACUCUCCGCUGCUGAAGAGUGAAGUGUCGGUGAGAGAAAGGAGCCACAUUUACCACGAGGAGUGUUUGAAGCUUCUAAUCAACAAAACGGGAAAGAAGAAUGUGUGUGAGGUCAUCAGCGACCUCCACGUCGACACAGAACCUCCACCGGAUAGAGGUCUCUCCACUUUAUCAAAGUCGAUGCAACCCAACGACAGUAUUGACUUUGACGUGGACUUAACCGAUCUGGAGACGUUUGGAGAGAAUGCGUCCAACAAAACACCCAAAGUAAAACCGAAAACGGCGGAAGAGGCUGCGAGUUUAAAGAGUCCAAAGAUCUUGUACCGGACCAGGAGUUCGAGAAAGAAGGAAAGCUGCGGUUCAGACGAGGAAAUGGAGAGUUCUCCGGUCGAUUCUGCUCAACCUCAAGUUGCUCGGAGCCAAAACUGCGACCAGGAAAUGGACCCUCGUGUGUUGCUGAGCGGAGAUUCUGACGAUGAUGCGUUGGUAAUCGACGACGUUUCGCCCAAAUCGCCAAAACCUCCUCAGACUCCUGAAUCCGAGCCAAGGAGCAAGAGGAAAAGCCGCCGUUCCGGAGAUCAGCUGGGCGAAAUCCUCCAGAUGCAAACCGCGAUGUUCAAAUCAAAACCAGGGGACGCGGCCACAUCUUCAGGCGCACCACAACAGGACAGAAGCCCCGCCUCCAAACAGAGAGGCCCCGCCCACUCCCACCCAACCGCUCUGUCGCUGGUGAAGGCCUGCGUGACCUCGUACUUGGAGAGAAAACCCGAUCAGGAAGACGACAUGGGAGAGGCUCUUCACUCUGCGGCUGAAGCCAAGUCCACCUCACGGAAAAAGCUCCUGGCCCCGGAUCUGCAGGCGGCGUCUGAGGACCAGGGCGACUACGAGAGUCCAGAGCAGGACAACGUCUGCUACCAGCUGUUCAGCCUGGACCAGCUGCUGCUGAUGGUGCGGUCCUCCAUCUCCCUGAGCCACGCCCCGGACCCAGACCAGUGCGUGCCUUUACACAUCCUGACGAAGACGGAGUACCAGAUGACGUACGGCGUGGAAUGCCUGAGCAGCAGCGAGGCGUGUCGACUCUGGACCGAGCGACUACUUCACUCCAGAACUCACUCUUUCAUCGCUCACAUCGACGCCCUCACAUCCAGACUGAGACUGCUGCGGAAGCUUCCAGACAACUGGGGCUACAACCUCACCUGCGGAUUCAAGCCUUCAAAGUCGCUCAACAUUCUCCAUCAUAUCCUUCAGAAGCUAAUUGGGUUGGAUGAAGGGCACUACCUGCUCCGGCACAAGGUCGGCGAGCCCUUUGUGAACAUACUGAAGGCCGCUCAUGGCAAUGGCAGGCAGGGCGUGUAUGACCUCCAGCUGGCCCACAGUGGCGCUCCUCGGCCCCCCUCCUCCGCCCUCCCUCCCUGGAUACCCCUGGACCCAUCCGUCUGCCUGCGCUUCCACCUCUGCAGCGGCCGCGUCCCCUGCACCUUUCCCCCAGCAGAGGUCACUCCGCUGCCUAAAGCCGGACCACAACCCGGAAACAGAAAGGCCCAAAACAAACACACAAAGAAGAAGAAGAAAAAGAAAAAAAAACAACAAAAUGCUAAAUUCAUCACAAUGGCUAUGGUGUCGGAGUUCCUGGGGCAGCUCAGUCUCAAUAAUCCGAUGGAGCCAAAGUUCCCCUCAGUGGUGGCGUACGGAGGGUUUGACGCUGACAAAGACGCAGCCAGGAUAGACACUGCGAUCAAAACGAAAGGAGUGGACGAACAAACUAUUAUUGACAUUUUAACCAAGAGGACCUAUGCCCAAAGAAGAGACAUCGCAUUCGCUUAUGAAAGAAGAGAAAAGAAGGACCUGAUCCUGGCUCUGAAGAAGGCUCUGUCUGGGUCUCUGGAAGCUGUGAUCCUGGGUCUCAUGAAAAGCCCUGUGCAGUUCGACGCCUCAGAGAUCAGAGGCUCCAUGAAGGGCCUGGGAACAGAUGAAGAGACGCUGAUCGAGCUCCUGUGCUCUCGCAGCAAAGCAGAACUGGAGGAAAUUAAAACGGCGUAUCAAGAGUUGUUCAAGAAAAAAUUGGAGGACGAUGUUAAAGGAGACGUGUCCGGAGACUUUAGGAAACUGCUGCUGGCCCUUGUCCAGACGAACAGAGACGAACCUUCUUCUAUCGUCGACUAUGAAAAGAUCGACCAAGAUGCAAGAAAACUGUAUGAAUCUGGUGUGAAAAUCAAAGGCACCGAUGUCCCCACGUGGAUCUCGGUGAUGACGGAGAGGAGCGUGCCACAUCUGCGGAAAGUGUUCGACCGCUACAAGAGCUACAGCCCGUACGACAUGCAGGAGAGCGUCCGCAAGGAGGUCAAAGGAGAUCUGCACGACUCUUUCCUGGUUUUAGUUCAGUGCAUCGAAAACAAACAGCUGUUCUUCGCAAACCGCCUGCACGAGGCCAUGAAGGGGAAAGGAGCCAAAGAGAAAGUGUUGACAAGAAUCAUCGUGUCUCGCUGCGAGGUGGACCUGAAGAGAGUCUGCUGCGAAUACAAAGCCAACUAUGGACAGACUUUACAGAAGACAAUCUCUGAGCACACCAAGGCAGGAGACUAUCAGAAGGCUCUGCUGAGUCUGUGUGGACCUGAGGAAUAA